GACCCCGCAUCAAACUUGAAGUUGUAACCAGCAAGUUAAUGUCCGAGAGUAAUGGGGAGAAGAAAACACCCUCAUCGCACAAAGACCCUCUACAUCCUUCGCGGUUUGCCUGGAACCCAUAAGUCCGAUAAAGCACGGGACAUUCAGGACAGGCUUGGUGGGGUGAUCAUCAACGCCGACGAGUAUCAUCGCAACAAAAAGGGACAACUAGUUAUCAGACCUGAAAAACUCAAUGAAGGACACAUAUGGGCGCGUGGGCAAGCUCUGCAGGCUAUGGAUGAAGGGAUGGAUCCAGUCAUCAUCGACAAUACUAACAUGUCGUGGCGGGAGAUGUUCCCAUAUGUACUGAUGGGUUUUCAUCGAGGAUACUGGAUUAAAUUCCUGCUGACGAAAGAUACCUUCCGUGUUUCCCUUGAUGAAAUCGACAGGUAUGUGGUCCACCUGGACUCAUUUAGAACAUAG